CAACAACAACAACAACAUCGAUUUGCGUUCAUACAGCGCCUCAGUCGACCCAGGCUGCUUCACAAGAUGAAAUAUGAUCCGGAGACAAGUAAGGAGAUAUUGAGGGAGGAAAAUGUGGAGAAGAGACCAAUCUGUAGGUUGCGGGAGUGGAUUAGAGGUCAGCAUCAGGUAUUAUCCAGUGAUACCACAACCAAACGUCAAGUGAAGCUAAAAUCUAAUUGUCUGGAAGUUCUUGACUGCAAGGCUCCUUGUCCACAAUAUGCUGAUAUGGACUUUAUGAUGUUGGAGCAGAAUGUGAGCACCAGACUGGACAACUUGUACCAAGCGGGAAAUCUGCAGAAGGACGUAGCAUCGAUUCUGCCCAAUGGUCACAUGGCCUCAAGCCAACCUGGAUCUCAUCCCACACUGACUCAGAGGUCACAGCCUGUUCACAUACAAGUAAAAAGGCAGCUGAAGGAGGAAGAGCUUCAAACAACAUCACUCCCAACCAUCCCGAACCCUUUUCCCGAACUCUGCAAUCUGUCCAGUUCCCCAAGUCUCAGCGACAGCUCCAAGGCUCCAGCAGGUGGAGGCACACAUGUUAUUACUAUCUUCAGUGAAGAUGGAAUGAAGAGGUCAUUUGAAGUGACAGCUGCAGUAAAAGCUCGGGACAUUUGCCACAUGUUAGUGGAGAGGAAUCGCUGUCUCGAUGAGGAGAACUGGACCCUGGUGGAGGCCCAUCCCAACAAUGCACUAGAAAGAUGUCUAGAGGAUCAUGAGUCAUUGAUAGAGGUGCAAGAAACCUGGCCAAUCAACAGUGGAAGCAGAUUCAUCUUCAGAAAGCAUUACGCCAAAUAUGAAUUCCUCAGGAACCCCGAGCUAUUUUUCCCAGUGCAAUUGGUAGCAGGAAGUUUGGAUGCUAAUGCAGGAGUUCCACACUCACAGCUUGUACAGAAUUUCCUGAAUGCACAGAACUGUCCUGAGAUACAGGGGUUUCUCCACAUUAAAGACAAAGGGAAGAAAACAUGGAGACAUUUGAAUUUCUUCCUGAGGAGGUCUGGGUUCUAUUACUCUACAAAAGGGAUGUCCAAGGAACCGAGGCACCUUCAGUAUUUUGCUGAUGUGAAAGAGAGUAACAUUUACACAGUAACAAACAGGAAGAUGUACAACUUGCCAACAGAUUUUGGGUUCUGUAUAAAGCUUCACAGGACGGGCAAUGGAUGGAAUGAUCUGGAAGUGCUGUGUUCUGAGGAUGAACAGAGCCGCAUGUGUUGGAUGGCAGCAUUCCGCCUGUUCAAGCUGGGUGAGCAGCUGUGCCUGAACUAUCAGAUAGCACAAGAAAAGAAGAAACAGCAAUCCUGGAUCCAGACAUCCAAUGUGAGGAAUGUUUCAGAGAAUUGCCUGGUCCCCAUGGAUUUCUCAGGAUGUACGGGCCGAGUGAUUGAGAAUCCAAAGGAAGCCUUGUCAGUGGCAGAGGAGGAGGCACACGCUUGGAGGGUAUGGAUCCCGGUCACAGGGUCUCUGCUGCAAGCUGUUCAGAAGAAGGGAGCUCAGAGGCACAGCUUACCCAGCCCCUGCCAAGGCUCAAUACUCAGUGCAGCAAUACACAGGAGUCAGCCCUGGUUUCAUGGACGGAUCUCGAGGGAGGAAGCUCACAGACUGAUUAUCCAACAUGGCCACAUUGAUGGUGUUUUUCUGAUUAGGGAGAGUCAGAGGGCACCCAAAAGCUUUGUGCUGACCCUCAGCCACCAUCACAAGACCAAGCACUUCCUGGUUGUCCCGUGCGAGGAAGAUGGUCAAACAUACUUCACUGUGGACACUGGUCAGACAAAAUUCACUGACCUCAUUCAGCUGGUGGACUUCUAUCAGAUCAACAGAGGUGUUCUGCCAUGUAGCCUGAAACAUUAUUGUACCCGUGUGCCACUGUAACUGUGGCAUUUGCCAACCAGACAUCAAACACUGCCUUGCAUACCUGCCCUAUUUAUGCACUUGCUACCUGGUUCCUUAACCCCUGCUCUCGAUGAUUCACUGGUUAAUCUGCAGAGUUGACUCACCCUGCGGUUACAGUGGAUGUGAAGGAAUAUCUCGUUCUCACCUGUUGUUCAAUUUUUAGACAACCUUUUGAAGGACUUCACUUUUUUUAAAUGGUUUCAGGCCUCACCUUGCUACAUAUCUAGGCAGUUCCUCAAUCUGGAGAUUGAGGAGGUAACAGGGAUUGGUCCUUUCUGAAAGGCGGUGUGAUUCAGGGUCACAGGACAAACACUGCUUUUAGAGUAGGAAAAUAAGUCAUUUGAUAAUUAAAAGCAUUACUUAAUCAGAGGACCGUCUCCUGGUAAGGAGGGUGAGACAAUACAGGAGCCCACAGUUCCAGUGCAGAGGUUACAGUCAUGUUAACACACUCUCAUGUAUGUAACAGAUCAUGUCAUUACCCUGAUGAAAAGCACACAACACAUUGUGGCCAAUCACUCACACCCUGCACUAGUCACAUAUCUCAUUAUCAAAUCCCAAAUCAGUCAAUCAUUCUUAUCCAGGGGGUCUCCCAAAGAAUACAGCUCUCUUGAUUCACACAUGCAGUCAGUACCAGGCGGUAAUGAAUUUCUCCGCAGUGUUACUCUUACCUGUAAACAUAGAGACGAGUUUAAUCUGAUAGUCAGCAUUGUGAAAUCAGAACUGCCAUAAACAGUGUGUGGAUUUCUCUUGCACACAGCUGCUGAAUUUGACUCCAUAAACAGUGCCUGUCGACAAACCAACACCUGAAAGACUUGCUGUAAUUGAAGCAAAUUAAUUGUAACAGUAAUUAGCCAAUCUGUGAAGAGUCACCAGAGCAAUAGACAGACUGAAUUUUCACCAAUUCCCAUUUAAGAUUCCUGACCAAAGCAACUGAAAUAUAUUUCCCAGAGAGUGUCCAAGGGUUCAGAGACCGAGGGGUGAGAAUGACCAAAGGUGCAGAGAGUGACCGAGGGAUGAGAUUGACCAAGGGUAUGGAGAGUGACCGAGGGCUGAAAGUGACUGCGGGCACAGACAGUGACUGAGGGAUAAUAUUGUGUCCAGGGGGUGGAUCGAGGGUGAGAGUGACUGAGGGAUAAUAUUGUGUCCAGGGGGUGGAUCAAGGGUGAGAGUGACUGAGGGAUAAUAUUGUGUCCAGGGGGUGGAUCAAGGGUGAGAGUGACUGAGGGAUAAUAUUGUGUCCAGGGGGUGGAUCAAGGGUGAGAGUGACUGAGGGAUAAUAUUGUGUCCAGGGGGUGGAUCAAGGGUGAGAGUGACUGAGGGAUAAUAUUGUGUCCAGGGGGUGGAUCAAGGGUGAGAGUGACUGAGGGAUAAUAUUGUGUCCAGGGGGUGGAUCAAGGGUGAGAGUGACUGAGGGAUAAUAUUGUGUCCAGGGGGUGGAUCAAGGGUGAGAGUGACUGAGGGAUAAUAUUGUGUCCGGGGGUGGAUCGAGGGUGAGAGUGACUAGGAGACAGAGAAGGACAGUGUGACUGGGGAUGGAGAGGUGUCACUGGAUCUAUAAAGAGAGAGUAACUGCUGAUGCGUGGAGGGGCCAGAGAGAGUGGGCAGGGGGAGGAUAGGUGACCAGGAUCAGUCAAGUUUAUCCUGUGCUAUUAAUUAAUUGUAUUUAGUUCUCUGCACUGUGUAGGAUUAACGGGGUUUAAUGUCACACUGGCUGGAUUCUUAUAGAUUUUAGAGUGCUAUUGAUUUUGUAGGAAGUAUCCUGUAAAUGACCCCAGUCUGACUCUUGCUCAGAUAUAGACCUGAGCCUUUGUAGGUUCCACACUCAGCGAUGGACUCUGCUCUGUUCCAGGUGUAGAGCUGGUCAAUAUUUCUAAUUUUAAAAAAAAUUCUUUCAUGGGAUGAGGGCAUCACUGGCAAGGCCAGCAUUUGUUGCCCAUCCCUAAUUGCUUUUGAACCGAGUGGCUUGUGAGGCCGUUCUAGAGGGCAGUUAAGAGGCAACCACAUUGCUGUGGACCUGCAGUCACAUGUAGGCCAGACCAGGUAAGGAUGGCAGAUUUCCCUAGAGGGGUUUUUAUAACAGCACCAUUACUGAGACUUACUUUAAAUUCCAGGUUCUUUAUUAGUUAACUGAAUUUUAAAUUCCACCAACUGGCAUGUUGGGAUUUGAACCCAUCUCCCAAGGCAAUUACUGAGCCUCCAAAUUACUAGCUCAGUGACAUUACCAUUACGUCACCCUGCCUCCCCUCCCCCUCCCCCUCCCCCUCCAAUGUUCUUCCUUUAAGCCAGUUAAAGAUGUCUUCACAUAGUGAACAGAGCAUCAACACUCAUCACUCCUUCCAACUGUUUUUGUACAUUUUGUGUUAUAAAACUUGACAAAAUAAAAUUCAUACAAGUCUAGUCUGGAACAAAGUGAGAACUCAAAGUCAUAAAAGCUUUUAAAAUAACGUAUUAUUGUCUUUAGUUGUCAGAGUUUAAUUUGUUUCCGACAAUCAGUCACUGAGGCUUUGUAAGGUUUCAGUAGUGCAGUUUCAUUCCAGGAGUUUAAUUUGUGGCCUAUAUCCCCCUCCUGGCUGCAGGAACUAUCAGUAUGAGAACAACAGAAAUGUGACUCUGUCAGGGUGCCCAGUAGACAGAGGUUGGGAAUUUCCUCUGUUAGUUCUGUUGCUUUGCAAGCUCAGAUCAUUGUCAAUAUCCAAGGUAUCCAAAUCAGGGUAAACAAGGAAACAGCAAAGACAUACCAGGAUAUUUCUUCUCUGGGUUUUAAAAUUUAAAUUGUCAACUCAUUUAGGCACAUCAAGCACAUCAACAUGCCUUAAAGAUCCACAAUGCAAAGCAGAAAAUGUGGAGCAGGUCUCAUUGAGAAUCUUUUUUCAAAAUUCCUCAAAAGAUUGUAAUUAAUGCACCAGAAAAUGGCUUUGUUUAUUGUUUUUCAUAGUUUGCCAUUGUGAGAUUUGAACUCUUGAUCUUGGGGUUAUAAACCCAGUACCAUAACCACUUGGCUAUUUAGGCCAAGCUAUGGCUUUGUUUAUGCUGCAUCUAAAAAUCUUCCUCAGUGAUCAGAGACCACCUGAGGCAAAUAAGGAUCAAGUGGAGGAAACUCGUGUCUCAGAGAUCAGGGUGUGAUCAAUGCUGUAGGAAUUGCCAGAGCUGAGGGUGUGGUCAGUGCUGUGGGCAUUGCCAGUGCUGAGGGUGCGGUCAGUGCUGUGGGCAUUGUCAGUGCUGUGGGCAUUGCCAGUGCUGAGGGUGUGGUCAGUGCUGUGGGCAUUGCCAGCACUGAGGGUGUGGUCAGUGCUGCAGGCAUUGCCAGCACUGAGGGUGUGGUCAGUGCUGUGGGCAUUGCCAGUGCUGAGGGUGUGGUCAGUGUCAGAGAGAGGGUUUGAUGAAUAAUAAUAUAAGAGCAAAUUAACUCAGCUUUAAUGUAGCUCAGGAUGUAACUCACUCUUUUAAACUGGGUGUUUAAUUUGAACCCAGAUUCCAUGUGUAGCUCAAUGUUGAAGCGCUGGAUAGUCGAAGCCUCCCGUUUACACAUGAUUCACUGUCAGGUCCUCCAGACCCCUCCCUGCACUGGGACAGAGUAAAUGUGCCCGUUGAUGGCCAACAUUAGUGAUGGCACUAAUCUCGGGCUGGCAAGAAUUACUUUCAGGCCAAUAAUAGGGAAAAUGUUUAUGCCAUUUCCAAUUUUUAACAUGUAAUUUAAUUGGAUAAAGGGUUGGUUUUGCCUCCAUAUAUCAUCAGCCCCAUCAGCACUGCCUCUCCCUCACUGCCACCUUAUUCACCUGCUUGAACUUUGGAAUAGUCACAUUUAGGACAAAGAAAUUCUCUUGUAAUAAAAUAAUGGGACAAAGUCUGUUUUCUCCCUAAUUAACGACUCAGUAAUUAAACCAAGGAGGAGAGAAGAUUGACAAUGAGUGAAAAUUGUUACCAGAAAAAAACAGGCAAAUGAGAAGUUUCAGAGGCUGAUACUAGACCAGGUCACAUGCUCUCCACCAUUCAAUGCUGCAACUCAGUGCAACUGAACCUCUUGUUCCCAUAUCAGGCAACAUUCUUAUGCACUAAAGCCCAACAGCGGCCUCAGUAGAAGCUCAGUCUCUCUACAUGCUUGAGAUUAUCCAUCCUGAUGUCCAGUCCCAUAUACAGACUUGUGAGCAGCUAUCCCUCAUGUGGCUGUUUAGUGAGGAAUAAACACAAGGGGUUGAGUCCAAUAGAGACCAAUGUUAACGAGCAGAAUAGCAGGAGGUUUAGCAGGUUACUAUCAGGACUAUUCUCUGGGGUUUUUUUGUACAGGGGAUGUGGGCUUCGCUGGCUGGGCCAGCAUUUAUUGCCCAUUCCUCAUUGCCCUUGAGAAGCUGGCGGUGAGCUGCCUUCUUGAACCGCUGCAGUCCCUAUGGUGUAAGUACAC